GGGCAGUGGGAUUUUGGAAGGUGUGCCAUGUCAGUCCUUGAUCAACACUGAAGAGUUCAAAAGAGUAAUCAACAGAUAAAGAUGUUAGAACAAAGCGUAUAAGCCCGGCUGGAAUGGAUGACUUUGACCACAGCGUGCUAAUAGCGGAGCAGGACUGGGACAGUUUCUGUACAGAGAGUGAGGAAUGCUCUGUACAGCAGGCCAAGCUUGCAGACUUGGAUGACUCUGGCCUAAGUGACAAUGACGAUGACAAAACAUCCAUCCAUGUGUCCUCUCCUUCCACUCAGGCAAGCCCUGAACCCCUCUUUGAAAAAGAUAGCAGUGCAGAGGGACAGACACAUUGCAAAACACAAGAAAAAGGUCAGUCUGAGAAUUCAGAGUUUACAGAAUGCAAUGCCAAGACUGCUGGACAGGCUUCUGAUAUCAGAUUGAAUGACCAGGGAGCGUCUUAUGACUGUUUGGACUUUGAUAACAACAACACUAAUGAAGACAGCAACCCCACUGACCAGACAGACUUAGAUGUAGGGAAUUUAAGAGGAAAUGGCAAGAGUCAGGGUGAGAAUAGAUCGAGCCAAGCCAUCAUCAAGUUAGUCUCUGAAAUGUCUUCACCAUGUACCCAGGAUAUAGGGCAUGGAAACAGCACAGAUGGUACAGAAACAGGAACUGAGGAGACAGACAGUUCACCAGUGCCAACAAAAGAGAAGGAACGUUGGUUUGUUACUGUGAAUGACAGCCCAGUUCGCCUGAGAGAAAAGGCCAGCACUUCUGGGCAAAAAAAAAGAAGAAAAAAAAAAUCUCAGCAUAGCAGUGUUAGAAUAGAGAAUCAUGCUACCUUAAAUAACAAUGCAGAGGCAGAUAUCAAAAUAACUGAGAGACAAACAAUUCAGGUAAAAUCUGAAAAACCUCCCAAAUGUGAGUCUGAAGAAAACAAUGCUCACAAUGAAAAUUCUUCCUCUCACUUGCCCAAUAUUCAUAAUGUACUUCAUAAUCAAGAUAUAAAAUGUGAUUCACCUGCUGGAUCAUCUGAUGAUGAAUGGGAAAAUAUAAGUUAUGCUAUACAUUUAAAAAAAGAAAGCACAACCGAUAUUCCAGAAGCAAAAUUAGAAAGUAAUCCUGCCUCUAUAAAUUCAUCUUCACAUUUAACUCCUAAACAAAUCCCACAGUCAGUAUUUAAGAAUGUUGAUGGCCCUUUGCAACAAAUAUGGAAUCAUGAAAGUACAGCUUUCAACAAUGAAUGUCAACCUACAAUUGAUCAUUUAAGCCACUUUAAUGACACAGGGGUGGGAAGUCCCAGAUUUAUUGUGGGUGCCUCCACUCCAACUGCUCCUUCAGAUACUGAAGAAGAAAGAAAAGAACUGCAAGAACUUUUUAGACAGCCUAUGGAUAAUGUAAAAGACUCUUCAACUCACCAAGAGAUACAAUGUCUACAAUCCUCUAGUAACAGUGCAAAGACUCUAGAAGCAGCAGUAGGUCCAGCUCGACCCAUAUAUGCCAUUUCCUCCUUUUGGGAUGAAAUGGAAAAAUUGACAAUAAAUGACAUUUUGCAGCUUAGAACAGCAAAUAACAGCUCUCCAUUGAGAGAAAGCAAUAUUCCAGAGGAAUGCAGGCCUGUGGAAACUGUUGAUGCCAAUCUUCAAGACAGAGGUGAGGUUGAUUCUAAAGAUGAGAGCAUAGAUGAUAGUGGCCUGGUAGAUGACAAUGCAGAUUCAGACUAUUUCACACAUGUCGAUGACUCUAGACCAGACCGAUCGAGUUGUGAAUUCUCAACUUUUUCGGAUUUCGAUGAAGAGUUUCUAAACCUUUUUCAUGCAAGUGCAAACCCUAGUCCUGAGCCCCAUGUCAGUCAAGAGCAAACUCAAAGUUUCCUUGGGUCUACCUCUGGAAAAGACCUCCUACAAGAAGGUCCAGAACAAACUAAGUCACGCUAUCAAAGUGAAUCCGAGGAGAGUCCAUGUCCUCCUGAGAGUGAACUUCAACCCUAUAUGUAUUCGGAAACACAUAUGCAAGAGAUGCUUCUUACAACCAAUGAUCAAGACACCACCGUGAGUACCUUUCUAUUGGAUCACUGUACCAUGAGGAGAUCAACACCUUCUCCAGUUUUAUCUAUUUCUGAUAUUCUAGAAGACCAGUGUUUGCUGUCCUUGUUUGAAAUUUUGAGGAAUGACACUGAAUUAGAGCAACGCCAGGAGAGAAGUCCAGGCAGAAGCACCUCUGUCGUUUCACUUCCGUUUGCACAGAACCUGUCUGUGCCUGAGACAUUUGAGUAUUUGUUCUCAGACUUUGAGGUUGAUGUUCUCUUUACUUCAGAGCAAAGUACAACGAAAAGUGAGAAAAAGAUGGUUCCUAUAUAUUCCUCCUCUCGCUCUGUCAUCAGAGACCUAGUGUUUCCAAAGGUGGAAGAGGUGAAACAUUCAAACAGUGAAAACAAGAGUGUCCCAAUCCGAGAUCAGCAAACAAGGUGUUCAAGCCCCUCUGGAACACCAAACCUGUGCUUUAUUACAAGCCAUAAUAACCAAACAACAUGGAGAAACCUUUCCUUGAGACGAAUCAAAUUGUCUUUCAUGGAAAAGACCUGGUGUAGAAUGGCCACCUCUUGUGUUUUUCCUAAGACUACAAUAGCUGACAAAGCCAUUACAGCAAAUUUUGGAACCGGAAUAACCUCAAAUUCUUCUAUAGCUUAUUCAAAACUUCCAAUGCUUCUCCUAGAGAACCAGACUUUGGGACAAUUGACACAUCAGCAGAUACAUGUAGGGACAACUCUCUCAGGUCCAGACAGAGAUUGCUUCUUUUUUUCCUUGAAGCAAGCAGACAUGUGCCUGGUUUGCAUUGCUUUUGCAUCAUGGGUACUAAAAUCAACCAACCUAAAAUCUGCAGACAUGUGGAAAGCAGCUCUUCUGGCAAAUGUGAGCGCAAUAUCUGCUAUCCAGUACUUGCGGCGAUACGUAAAAGAAGUAACAGAGGAUGAACCAUAAAAAUCUAGUAUUAUUUUGGAGUAUUUCUCACAAAGGGGCCAGUGUACGGGAACGGGUUAAUUUUGCACAAAUUCACACCAAACACUCUUUAGUAAAUACACAUAUUAGGACGCAUUUCCUAACAGUCUAAUAUUUUCAUGUUACAAAAUAUGUGUUCAAUCAAUAAAUAACUUAUCAAAAGGACAAUUUGUUUUUAAAAGAUAAGCAUACAAAGUAACAGGGGAAACAAAUAUUUUUUUCUGUACUAGCACUUGUUCAGUUAGAAGACAUGUAUUGCUUUAGAUAUUAGGUUGACAUGGACCAGAAGUGGCAACUGGUUUUGCAUCAGUUAUAUUCAGGACCCAAGCUGUGCUAUACAUAUUUAUGUAAUUCAAAUACAAAUUAAUUUGUUGUGUAUAUACAUUUGUAGCCAAAAGUUUGGAAUAAUGUACAGAUUUUGCACUUAUGGGAAGAAUUUGGUUCUUUCAUUCGCCAAAGUGGCAUUCAACUGAUCAAAAAUAUUAAAAGUGGAAAAUUUCUAUUACAAUUUGAAAAAAUUGUUCAGAACUUCUUAAACUACUUCAAAGAGUGCUCAACAAAAAAAUCCUCCACGUGCAGCAAUGACAGCUUUGCAGAUCCUUGACAUUCUAGCUGUCAGUUUGUCCAGAUACUCAGGUGACAUUUCACCUCACACUUCCUGUCGCACUUGCCAUAGAUGUGACUGUCUUGUCGGGCACUACUCACGCACCUUACAAUCUAGCUGAUCCCACAAAAGCUCAGCUACGACCCAUAACACUCAUUUCCAAUUAUCUGCUGUUCAAUGUCUGUUUCUUUGCCCACUCUAACCUUUUCUUUUUCAGUUUCAAUAGUGGCUUUUUUUUUUGCAAUUCUUCCCAUAAGGCCUGCACACUUGAGUCUCCUCUUUACGGUUUUACACGAAACUGGUGAUGAGCGGGUAGAAUUAAAUGAAGCUGUCUGCUGAGGACAUGUGAGGCGUCUACUUCUCAAUCUAGAGACUCUGAUGUACUUAUCUCCUUGUUUAGUCAUACUUUCCUCAUCUCUUUCUGUCCUUGUUAGAGCCAGUUGUCCUUUGUCUCUAAAGACUAUAGUGUAAACCUUUGUAUGAAAUCUUAAAUUUUUGGGCAUUUUCAAGCAUUGUAUAGACUUCAAACCUCAAAACUAUGAUUGACUGAUGAGUUUCUAACGAAAGCGGUUUCAUUUUUUGCCAUUUUUGACCUAAUAUUGACAUUAAGACAUGCCAGUCUAUUGCAUACUGUGGCAAAUCAAAAACAAACACAAUGUUCAGCUACAUUUAAUGAACCAAACAGCUUUCAACUGUGUUUGAUACAAUGGCAAGUGAUUUUAUAGUACCAAAUUAGCAAUUUAGCAUGAUUUCUCAAGGAUAAAUGUUGGAGCGAUGGCUGUUGGAAAUGGGGCCUGUCUAGAUUUGAUCAAAAAUGACUUUUUUCAAACAGUGAUGGUGCUGUUUUUUUUACAUCAGUAAUGUCCUGACUAUAUUUUUGAUAAGUUGAAUGCCAUUUUGGUGAAUUAAAAGUACCAAUUUCUUUCCAGCAAAAUCUGCAUUAUUCCAAUCUUUUGGUCACCAGUGAAUAAAAUUCCUUUUUCAAUAAUAAUAACUCUAGAUGUAUCUAUUUAAAGCAAAUACAUCAUGCUACCAAAGCUUAAAAAAAAAGUUCAUAUAACUUUCAGUUAAGGAAAGAAUAUAGUUUGCACAUAAAAAUAAAGUUGAAGUUAUGGAGCCAUCAGAAAGUGUCACCAUGACUCCAGUAUGUAAAAUAUUUCUAACACACUGGUUGUAAAGGUAGACCGAUGUCAGUGUGAUAAGAGCAGUUGAAUAUGAAACAGCCACAGAAAACAUAAAAUGUAAAAACAUCAAUGAAUUUAGUAAAAGUUAAAAAAUAAAUGAAAAGAUCUCGAGUUGAUGGCUAUUGCCAUUGGUAUGACAAGUUAAGUAAUGUACUGGGGUGUAUGAAGGGUAAUUAUGGUGCAAGCGGUUUAUAAUCAUCAUCAAUCAAAAUGACAAUGUAAUUCUGAAAAUGUUCACCUACUUGCAACUAGAGAACACUAUGCAUAUAUAGACAAGUAUAUAAACAUGGAUACUAAAAAUGAGAGUACAUUUCCCAUUUAAAAUAUUAAUAUACUUAAAAAAAUGCUGUUGAACACAGGUCCCAUUUACAAAACAAUUACACACCAUUUCAUGUUUUAUAUUGUUAUAUUAACAAUUAAUAGUAGUGCACAACAAUUCCACUUGUAAUGCAAUAAACUGUCACAAAAUUAGUCUCAGUGUUUUGUUUAUAAUACAUUUCAGUUUAUUGUGAUAAUGCUGUGCUCUUUCCCAUCCUGCCUAAUUAUGAAAAUGUAACAUUGUCACCACUUCCUAAACAGUUGCCAGGUUGUUAAAUUUGCUACCAAGUGCACAUGCUUGGAGGUGAGUUAGCAUUUCAAAUGUAGCUGGUAGUGAGGAUAUCAUUAUAUAUGCCAUUAGGUAUUUAUUGCUACUUUCAACUCUAAAGGUGAAAAUAUGUUUUUAAAUAUGGACUCCCUUAAUAUGACCAUGGCAGUGAAGCAACAUUGUAUGCUGAUAUGGACGAGCUCUGGAAUGGACUGCAUUCAUUAAGGGCAAGAUCAGCACUACAGUUAACAACAUACUAAUACUUGGGCUGCAUUUGGUCUAAAACAAAUGAUGAACAAGCUAAAUUGGGUAGGUGGCAAAAGUAUUGUGGCAUUUACUUUUCUUGGGUUAUAUAUAUAUAAGUGCUCUGAGGUAUAGAUGAAAAGAGGCUGUCAGAGAAAAAGUAGGAUACAGUAUGUAAAGCAUGCACUUUUUGCACACAGGUCAUCUGAAGUAUCCAAAUCUAUCAUUGCAACUUUUAAAGUUAACAGUUAAUAUAUUAUUUUAAACAUAUAAUAUUUACAAUCUCAAAACGAAUGCUUCAAAAAACUUUGAAUCUAUAUUGUGAUAAACUCUGGAUUGGACAACACUUUUCAAAUACUUAGGAAAUCUACAGUACUUUGCUUUUAGUGUAGUAGCAACAUUACAUGGGAUUUUCAUUUCUGAUAGAAACCAUUUCUAAGUAGUGUUCAUGCAAGGAAAUCAAAUUCAAUGUGCUUGAAAAGGCUAGUUAUUUCAUAUAGCACAAAGGAGUCAAUAAGUGCAGAAAAAGGGAUGAACCCAUGCAGGGACUUCUGAAAUAAAAGGUCUGAUACCCUGAAAACAGAAUCCACUCUGUAGUCAAUAGUGUAGGUGUCAUUCAUUUUAGGACUGCUUGUCUCCCUCUUUCUUCAGACGACUAUUGAAAAGAAAACAGAAGAACAAAUAGGUAAAGCCAUUGAGAAGCAGGCGGGUCAAACAGGCCUAUAUGAAAUCUUACUGUGCACUUUGUCAUUUGGCUGAGAUAAAUUGUGAUUCCCAAAAAAAGUGAUCAAAAAGAAGUAAUUCAUGCACCAUAAUGAUGUUAAAAACAGCUGUAAUCUGCAUGAGAUAGCAAAUUUUGUUAAAAACACUGUAAAUGAAAGCCACUUUCUUGUUAUUGGCUGUCUUUAAAAGACAGCUCAAGUAUUUUCUAUAUUUUUAGGCUCUAAAGACUGCACUAAAAGCAGAGAAUAUUGUUUUGAAAUUAUGGGUCUUAAAUUCAACAUGGAAGUAGAAUUGACCCAAUUACUUUCUUAAUAGACGUUUCUGUUGUUAUUGUAAACAAUUCAUCAAUGCAUGUUAUUCGAAAAGGAAAAAAUAUGUUUGUCUUUGUAAACUUUCAUCAAAAUGUAAUAACUUGCUCUGCCUCUGAAAUAAAUUUCCUUUUCGGCUGAU